AGAGGAAUUGGGAAGAAAAUGAGAAAGAAAUAGGAGAGAGAAAGAGAGAGAGACGGUGACUCGGUGAGGUGAGUAACUGAAUGACGAAUUAAAACGAAAGGUUUAGGGGCGAAGGGAGGGAGACGAAACUAUUGAUUCCGCUACUGUGUAAUUGAAUGGAAUUGCGUGCACAAUAGAAUUAGAGAUAACACCGAAAACAAAGAAUCGUGUAGAAUCAAGGGAGCUAGGGUUUGCGAUGAGUGAGAGUAACAGCAACAGCAACGGGGUGAGCAAUAUCAACAUCAUCAACAACAACAACAACAACAACCACCACCACCACAGCAGCAGCAGCAGUAAGGAAGAGAAAGGCAGAGAUCUGGGGCUAUACUUUCUAGAAGUGUGCCGGCGGAGGGGGACGGGGGCGGAGGAGGGGGAAGAGAAGGCGGAGGAGGCCCCCAGCGAGCUCAACACCAUCAACAGCUCCGGCGGAUUCGUGGUGGUGUCGACGGACAAGCUGUCAGUUAAGUACACGAAUGUGAACCUUCACGGCCACGACGUCGGCGUGAUUCAGGCGAACAAGGCUGCUCCCACGAAGCUGCUCCUCUACUACUUCGAGAUUUAUGUGAAGGACGCCGGCGCCAAGGGCCAGAUUGCCAUCGGCUUCACCUCCGAGUCUUUCAAGAUGCGUAGGCAGCCCGGGUGGGAGGCCAAUAGCUGUGGAUAUCACGGGGAUGAUGGGCUUCUUUAUCGUGGACAUGGCAAAGGGGAACCCUUCGGCCCUACCUAUACAUCUGGCGAUAUUGUUGGCGCUGGAAUCAACUAUGCUGCCCAGGAAUUCUUCUUCACUAAAAAUGGGCAAGUUGUUGGCACAGUUUACAAGGACAUGAAGGGUCCACGCUUUCCUACCAUUGCUGUUCAUAGCCAAAAUGAAGAGGUGCAUGUCAACUUUGGGCAGAAACCAUUUACCUUUGACCUAAAGGAAUUUGAAGUGCAAGAAAGAAUGAAGCAACAACUGAAAAUAGAGGAAUUGCCUCUGACAUCAAAUGUUAGUUACGGAAUUGUCCGUUCUUACCUGCUACACUAUGGCUACGAAGAUACCUUGAAUUCAUUUGAUGUGGCUAGUAGAAGUACUGUUCCUCCUAUAUAUAUAGCUCAGGAGAAUGGGGUUGAUGAGCAGGAAAUAAUGUAUGCAUUGAAUCACCGAAAGACUCUCCGGCAGCUAAUCAGGGAUGGGGAGAUUGAUACUGCAUUUGGUAAAUUGCGAGAAUGGUAUCCCCAGAUUGUUGAGGACAAUACAUCAGCUAUGUGCUUUCUGCUUCAUUGUCAGAAGUUUAUUGAAUUAGUUCGGAUUGGAGCACUGGAGGAGGCUGUCAAAUAUGGAAGAAUAGAGUUGUCAAGCUUUUUUGGGUUGCCUGUCUUUGAGGAUCUAGUUCAGGAUUGUGUUGCUUUGUUGGCAUACGAACAACCACUGGAAUCCCCUGUAGGUUAUCUUCUAAAAGAUUCACAACGUGAAGUUGUAGCUGACACAGUCAAUGCGUUGAUCUUGUCGACAAAUCCCAACAUGAAAGAGUCCAAAAAUUGCUUGCACUCAUAUCUUGAGAGGUUACUUAGACAGCUAACUGCUUGUUGCUUGGAGAAUAGAUCUUUGAGUGGGGAGCAGGGAGAAGCUUUCCAACUUCAUAGAGUGCUUAGCAGUGGUAAAAGAGGCUAGUGACUAGUAUUUGGUGAUAUGGUCUAUUCACAUUCUUUCUCUGCUGUUAAUAUUGCCCGGGUUUCUUUAGAAUGCCAAGUUAUCAAAAAUUGAUCAUAAACGUCUCUUAUACUGUAGAGUCCCCCACCUUCUUAGUUCUUACUUGGUGCAUACUUUUUCCUGUCAUUUGAGAGGGGGUUCUCUAUGUGCAUGUAAGAUUGUAACUAAAACAUCAGCAAAACAAUGGAAAUGAAAAAUUGAACUAAGUAAAGAUUCAAAUUCAAAGUUAAAA